AUGACUCCCAGGCACUGGGAUUCCCGGGCGCCGGGACACCUGGGCGCAGGGACUCCCUGGUGCCAGGACUCCCGGGUGCCGGGACACCCGGGCAUUGGGACUCCCGGCCACUUUGACUACCCGGUGCCGAGACACCCGGGCGCCGGGACACCCAGUUAUUUAUCCAAUCGUGAGGCUGUGUAUGGAGGUCGUGAGGCUGUGUAUGGAGGUCGUGAGGCUGUGUAUGGAGGUCGUGAGGCUGUGUAUGGAGAUCGUGAGGCUGUGUAUGGAGAUUGUGUGGCUGUGUAUGAAGUUCAUGUAUCUUCCAUACAUAUUAAAGUAAAUGAGCUACCUACGGUGUUAGUGCAUCUAGUCCCUGGCAGGUCAGCGGACGUUCUGGGACUGUGCUCCAAGCCCCUGUUGCUGCUACACGUCGGUGUAGUCCCCUGCAGCAGUGGCAGUAGAGACAGUAGCAGCCCACUCCUGCAGUCCCAGCUGUACGCCACCAACAUGAAGACCUUCAUUUUAGCUGCUUUGGUCUUCUGUAUUUUCCUCCUGGCACAGGAACAGGUGCAUGGAGAAAGAAAUGUAGCAAAUCGUCAGGAGGUAAAUGAUCAAGACCUGCUGACUCAGAGAAGAGGAAACACUGGUAUUGACAAACAUGGCGGGAAAAGAGUUGGUCACGGCAGAAUUGAAGAAGUAGGAACAGGUCGCCGAGACAAGAAUGGAGGAAAACCUGUUCCUUCCAGGAAAAAAGAAGCUAAAAAUUAUAGGAAGUCGUUAAAACAUCGAAAUAAAAAACAGAAAAAGGGUUUUCGAACCCAGAAUGGACGAAAGCGCCAUGAUGGGCAGAAGAGGAAAAGUUCUAUCAAAAGGAAUGGAGAAAAACGUCGAGGGAGCAAGAAAGGCAUAAAGAAUAGUGUAGAUCAACCCAUCAAAAGUAAGAAAAAAACUAGUCGCACCAAGAGCGAAAAGAAAGAUCGCGGAGGCAAGAAUAAGGAUAAACUCCAACGUGGCAAACAACGGCGGCUGAAGAAGAAGAAAGAUGGUCGCGUCAAGACUGGUAAAAAGGUUUUCACUGUCAAGAAGGCUGCUAAGGGACGUGACAAGACUGAUAAAGAAGUUCCCACUGCCAAAAAGAUCGUUAAGGGACGUAAAGUCACUACAGAGAAAAAACAAAAGAAGAAGUCAAGAAAAAAAUUAAAAGAGUCCAAACACAAAAACCGUAAGACAGGCGGCCGUAAACAGAAAAAAAAUAAAAAAACAAUGAAAACAAACUCAAAGAAAACAAGACACCAAAAAAAUCAGAAAGGGAGGCCAGCGUCAAAUAAACAAAAGAAUAUGAUGAAUGGGAAGAGAGCAAAAAAAGUUAAAGGAAUAAAAGGAAAGGGGGAUAAAUACAAAAAGAAGCAAAAAAAAAAUAACAAGAUCCAAAUGAAAAGUAACAAAAAAACUAAGAAAAACCUUAAAAAAAUAAAUAAGGACAAACGCAAGAAACACAAAAAUACCAAGAAGAAUAAAACCAAAGUUAAAAACAGCAGGAACUCUAAUAAAAACAAUAAAAAGCCCAAGAAAAGUAAAGCCAAGGCAGGUAAGAAAGGUGACGAGCCGGCAGUAAAGGAGGAAGGGAAGCAGUCUGACGGGAGGAAAGCUUAUCCAGCUUCGGGUGAGAGUCAUGGUGGCGAUAUUGACUCUAAAAUAAAGUGCAAACCUCACAAAAAGUGUACUCAAGCCGGCGGGAAGUGCCAGAAGAAAAAGACCUGCAAGACCAAAGUUGCCGGUGUCAAGUGCAAGGGGAAGUCGUGCGAGUGUUGCCUCUCAUCUUGUGCAGUUAAACCCAAAAAGAAGUGUAAGAAAUACAAGGGGGUGUGCAAGAAGAAGUGCGGGUCGACUGAGCGCCAGAUAGCCAAGGGCUGCUCCAAGAAGAAGUGCGUCUGCUGUGCCAAGCCUUGCAAGCCAUUGAGCGCCUGCAAUGUUCUCGGUGGUUACUGUGUUGACAAUAAGAAACUCUGCACGGGAAUGAUAAACAAAAAGGGCUGCAAGGGAACCAAGUGUCUCUGUUGUUACGCAGCUUCAACAACGACCCAAGUGUCAAAUGCAACAACCUCAGGAUCAAAUACAACAACUAUUGCAGCAAACACAACUACUGCAACAAACGCUACAACAACUUCAGCCAACGUGACAACUUUGGCAACCAAUGUGACAACCACUGCAGUCAACGCAACAACUGCAGCCAACACGACGACUACAGCCAACACGACAACUACUACAGCCAACACGACAACUACUGCAGCCAACACGACAACUACUGCAGUCAACACGACAACUACAACAGCCAACACGACUACAGCAGCCAACACGACUACAGCAGCCAACACGACUACAGCAGCCAACUCGACGACUACAGCAAUCAACACGACGACUACUGCAGCCAACACGACAACUACUAGAGUAAAUACAACAACUACUGUAGUCAACACAACUACAGUGAACAAUACAGCAAUACUGGCUAAUCUCACUUCGCAACUCAACCAGUUACUCGCCACUCUAAACGGUACAUCCAAUAUAUUAACAACAUUGCAAUCCCUUCAAGUUCAAAUUAGUAAUAUUAUUACCACAAUUACCGCACUACUUGGAGGAGGAGGAGGGAGGAGGAGACGCAGCACCUCACAAGACAUUCUGGCGAUCCAAUAUGUCAUCGACAACACAACAGACGCGUUGACACGAGGAGACCUUACCACUGCCAAUGGUCUCCUUCCAAAGCUAAUUCUGGCGCAGGCCACAUUUGGACAAAUAUUUUCAUGCGCAGUUAGUUGGUCUUUGUCAGUUGAUUCAGGCCUGCUGGCAGUCGCACAGUCUGCUCUAGCCAGCGUCAACAAGGCUAUAUUCGCUGCUAAUACACAGAGAAGCACCACGGUCGACCAGAUGAACCCCAUUCAGGCACGGAUCAGCCAACUCGGAGGAGCCAUUGUGAUUGUACCUACCAUCUCGCCCCUAAUAAUCACCCCGGAGUCCUUGGUCAGUUGCCAGUUAACAACCUCAGCACCAAACACAACUACUACUUCUCGGAGUACCACAACCGUACAACUUAACACAACUACCAAUGUAAACACUACAACCACCAAUUCAACACUGACAGCCCUCUAUUCACAGCUCAGUUCAUUGCAAUCCGCCUUAAAUGCCACAGAUAAUGCAAUUACGGCUCUUACCAGAGUUCAAGCAUUACUUAAAAAUCUUGUAGACGCAAUUAACGCAUCAAUGCUAGGACGCAGGAGGAAACGCAGCCCCUCUCAAGUUAUCCAGGGAAUUCAAACUCUCGUCAACAAAACUAGAGAUGCGAUAACAGCAAGAAACACUGCCACUUUAUCAAUUCUUGAUGAUCAGUUAAAUGCAGCGGAGAAUAUAUUGAUCCUAAUAAUACAGUUGAUUGUAAAUAACUCUUUAACAAUCGAUUCAGACUUUCAAUCAACCGCUCAAUCAUCUGUUACCAUUGUCAAUGAUGUAAUAACCAGUGCGUAUAGAAGUAGAGGCGAUAUUGUCAGUCAAAUCAACUCUGUACAGCAGAACAUCGGCCAGCAAGGGGGAACCACCGUGGCUGUACCCACCGCUCCGCCCACCGUCAUCUUCACAAACCUACCGUUUGUCCCUACUACAGCUAACAUUACUCCGGCCAGCAUAACUACUACAGCCAACAUAACUACUACAGCCAAUAUAAUUACUGCGGCCAACAUAACUACUGCGGCCAACAUAACUACUACAGCCAACAUAACUACUACGGCCAACAUAAUUACUACAGCCAAUGUAACUACUACGGCCAACAUAACUACUACAGCCAACAUAAUUACUACGGCCAACAUAAUUACUACAGCCAAUGUAACUACUACGGCCAAUACAACAACUUCUAUUGCCGGAAAUGCAACAUUGGCGAAUCUCACUUCACAGCUUAGCCAAUUGCAGAGCGCCUUAAAUGAAACCGACAACGCAAUUACAAAUCUUCAAAACCUUCAGAGUCAGCUGGCUAGACUUGUGGCCGCAAUUAACGCAUCGUUAGCAUUAGGAGGAGGAAGACGAAAACGCAGCGUCCUUGCAGAUGAAUUCGUCUUUAUUCAAACGACCAUUAUAGAAACACAGUUAGCGAUAAGCCAAAGAAACUAUGAUAAAGUAGCUUCACAGAACAAUAAACUGAGAUCGGCGGUGAUCACAGUGACUACAAUAACACAAAGUAUUAUUACUAAACAAUAUACACCCGAUGAGACCUUCCGGGCGACGGUGAUAACAUCUGUUACCAAUAUUAUUAGUAUCGUCGUGGAUGCAAGAUCUAUGAGAGCCUUAAUAGUGAAGGAAAUCAUCGUAGUUCAGGUGAGCAUCAGCCAACAGGGAGGAACCACGGUAAGUAUACCUCCAGUCCCACCAACCCAGACACUCGUUCCCACGGAAACACCACCGGCAACAAUCCCAGUUAGCACACCGCCUCCAACAAUCCCUGUAACUACACCGCCUCCAAUAAUCCCAGAUACCACACCGCCUCGAACAAUCCCUGUAACCACACCGCCUCCAAUAAUCCCAGAUACCACACCGCCUCCAACAAUCCCUGUAACCACACCGCCUCCAAUAAUCUCAGAUACCACACCGCCUCCAACAAUCCCUGUAACCACACCGCCUCCAAUAAUCCCAGAUACCACACCGCUUCCAACAAUCCCUGUAACCACACCGCCUCCAAUAAUCCCAGAUACCACACCGCCUCCAACAAUCACUGUAACUACACCGCCUCCAAUAGUCCCAGAUACCACACCGCCUCCAACAAUCCCUGUAACUACACCGCCUCCAAUAAUCCCAGAUACCACACCGCCUCCAACAAUCCCUGUAACAACACCGCCUCCAACAUUCACGGCAACUACACCGCCUCCAACAUUCCCGGCAACUACACCGCUUACAACAUUCCCGGCAACCACUUCAGUUCCAACAAUCCCCAUUCAGUCAACCAUAGAAACUGCACCGGGUUCUUCAAGCCCAGGAUCUGCACAGGAUACAACAGUACCUGGUACUACACCUGGUCAAACAACCAUAGGUACUUCUCCAGAACCAACAUCCUCUGAUAGUACAACGGGUCCAACAACCUCUGGUGAUACAACGGAUCAAACAACCAUAGGUACUUCUCCAGAACCAACAUCCUCUGAUAGUACAAGGGGUCCAACAACCUCUGGUGAUACAACGGAUCAAACAACCAUAGGUACUUCUCCAGAACCAACAUCCUCUGAUAGUACAACGGGUCCAACAACCUCUGGUGAUACAACGGAUCAAACAACCAUAGGUACUUCUCCAGAACCAACAUCCUCUGAUAGUACAACGGGUCCAACAACCUCUGGUGAUACAACGGAUCAAACAACCAUAGGUACUUCUCCAGAACCAACAUCCUCUGAUAGUACAACGGGUCCAACAACCUCUGGUGAUACAACGGAUCAAACAACCAUAGGUACUUCUCCAGAACCAACAUCCUCUGAUAGUGCAACGGGUCCAACAACCUCUAGUGCAACUGAUUCAACCUACACGGACAGUGCAACUGAUUCAACCUCCUCGGACAGUGCUACUGAUUCAACCUCCUCGGACAGUGCAACUGAUUCAACCUACACGGACAGUGCAACUGAUUCAACCUCCUCGGACAGUGCUACUGAUUCAACCUACACGGACAGUGCAACUGAUUCAACCUCCUCGGACAGUGCAACUGAUUCAACCUCCUCGGCCAGUGCUACUGAUUCAAUCUCCUCGGACAGUUGCAACUGA